UCUAUGGCUAGUCCGACGCCCCAAAAUAGUCCAAUGCCUCCACCGCAAGCACCAUCCCAAAGCCCUGCACCGUCACCUUCGCCGCACAGUCCGUACCAGCAGGCACCACCUCCGCCACAUCCCGGUCAAAGUCAGGUACCAUCGCAUAUGCCAAACCCCGGUCAUCAUGUACCGCCGCAGCCGGGACCACCGCCGGGACCGCAUAUGCCUAUGCAGGUACCUCCUUCGCCCCACGGUACUCAACCACCGAACUCGCACGGACCGCCUCCACCACCCCAGCACCCGUCCCACAUGAAUGGACCACCACCGGGCCCGCCGGGUGCUCCAGGACACGGACCCGGUGGACCUCCGCAUCAUAUGCCCCCGACCGGUCCCCAACAUAUGCCGCAACAUCCACCCCAUCCGGUGAUGGGUCACUCGGUUCCACCACAUCCCGGUAUGGGUGGACAUCCGGGACAAGGUCCACCGUUGCCACCGGGCAUGGUACCGGGAGGAUAUCCGGGCCAUUCGAUGCCUCCGAACGCGGGACCUCCACCACCGGUACCGAUGCAAGGAGUUGGUGGGCCCGGGCCUGGACAGCCAAUGCCUCCCGGAGGAUCCAACCCUGGAAUGAUGUCGGGAGCGGCACCACCACCACCACCACCGCCCGGUCAGGAAAAUUUAAACGCACUGCAAAGAGCCAUUGACUCCAUGGAAGAGAAAGGACUGCAGGAAGAUCCACGCUACUCGCAGCUGCUUGCAUUACGUGCCAAUUCCAAGCAGCAGAAUCUAAACGCACCACAGCUUCAUCAACUGCGCGGACAAAUCAUGGCAUACCGCCUGCUGGUUCGUCAUCAGCCAAUAAGCAAACAAUUGGCAUCACAGAUUUUAGCCCAGCGUACCGAUGGUACGCCUCCCCAGUGUCCCACUCCACCGGCCAGUCCGUACCCGAAUGCAGCGGGAGGACCUUCCCCACAGCCGGGAAUGGUACCGCAGGCCGGGCAGCAACAACCGCAACCACCACCACAUCAACAGCCGGGUCCCCAGCAGCAGCAGCAGCAACAACAAGGACCACAAGGACCACCCAAUCAUCAAGGUCCGAAUCAUCCUGGAGGUCCACAGACCGUAAUGCAGGGUGGUCCACCGGGCAAGCAGGGAGGACCGGUGGGCGCUCAAGAUUCAAUCGGUUCCAACAAACCACCUAUCGGAACCGGAGGUGGAAUGCCACCAAAUCAAAGCCCGAUGCCAGGCAUGGCAAUGGGUGGUGGACCACCACAAGUCGGACACGCUCAGCAUGGCGGACAUCCGCAGCAACAACAAUCUCAUUCGACAGGAGCAUCACACGUACAUCAGCAGCAACAACAGCAGCAGCAAAUGUUGUCCACUGUAGGACAACCAGCGCGUCCAAGUUCGCAAGGACCUGCUGGCGGUCCGGGCCCAAGACCUGCAGCCCAAGCACCAACGAUGCAACCGAUGCCGAAGCAAAACCGCGUCACCACCGUCGCCAAACCGGCCGGGCUGGAUCCGUUAACUAUACUGCAGGAGCGCGAGAAUCGUCUGGCCGCCCGAAUAGCACUCCGUCUCGAGGAGCUGAACAAUCUGCCCGCCUCAAUGCCGGAAGAUUUGCGUAUGAAAGCGUUGAUAGAGUUGCGAGCACUGCGAGUUCUCAACUUCCAGCGUCAGCUGAGGAGUGAAAUUGUCCAAUGUACACGGCGCGAUACGACGCUCGAAACGGCGGUUAACGUAAAGGCGUACAAACGCACCAAGCGGCAAGGUUUGCGUGAGGCUCGCGCUACAGAAAAGUUGGAGAAGCAGCAAAAACUAGAAGCCGAACGCAAACGCCGUCAGAAGCAUCAGGAGUUCUUGGCUUCGGUGUUGCAACAUGGUAAAGAUUUCAAGGACUAUCAUCGUAACAACAUCGCCAAGCUGGGACGUCUUAAUAAGGGCAUUAUGAACUAUCACGCAAACGCGGAACGCGAGCAGAAGAAGGAGCAGGAACGCAUUGAGAAGGAACGUAUGCGACGUCUGAUGGCGGAAGAUGAAGAAGGCUACCGUAAGCUUAUCGAUCAGAAGAAGGACAAACGGUUAGCUUUCUUGCUUUCGCAGACGGAUGAGUACAUCAGCAAUCUUACCGAGAUGGUCAAACAGCACAAGGUGGAUCAGAAGAAGAAGCAGGACGAUGAGAUCCAGCGCAAGAAGCAGCUGAAGCGUCACAUUCUCGAGAGUGGCGAUAUUGAGCAUUUGGAUGAACAUUGCGAGGCGUCCGACUGUCGUGUGACGGUGAUGGAGACAGCUACGGGCAAAAUGAUUUCCGGCGAUGAUGCACCGUUCCUGCGGGAUUUGCACGGAUGGCUGCAGCUUCACCCGGGCUGGGAGUACGUCAUAUCCGACGGGGAUGCGGAUGACGAUGAGGAAGAAUCGGAGGGCGGUAAGAAGAAAACGCGCGAGCAAGAGCUGACCGACGAUGCGAAGACGAAGGAAGUGAUCCAGAAGGCAAAGGUCGAGGACGACGAGUACAAGACGGAGGAGCAGACAUACUAUAGCAUUGCGCACACCGUGCACGAGAAGGUGACCGAGCAGGCAUCGAUCCUGGUGAACGGCAAGCUGAAGGAAUACCAGAUCAAGGGUCUCGAGUGGUUGGUAUCGUUGUUUAACAACAAUCUUAAUGGUAUAUUGGCCGACGAGAUGGGUCUCGGUAAGACGAUCCAAACGAUCGCCCUCGUAACCUAUCUGAUGGAGAAGAAGAAAAACAAUGGGCCGUACUUGGUGAUUGUGCCACUUUCGACCCUUUCCAACUGGGUGCUGGAGUUUGAAAAGUGGGCCCCAGCCGUCGGAGUUGUUGCGUACAAGGGAUCCCCAGCCGGACGCCGUGCCGUACAGAAUCAGAUGAAGGCAACCAAGUUCAAUGUGCUGCUAACGACGUACGAGUACGUCAUCAAGGAUAAGGCGGUGCUGGCGAAAAUUUCCUGGAAGUACAUGAUUAUCGAUGAGGGUCAUCGGAUGAAAAACCAUCACUGCAAGCUAACCCAGGUGCUCAACACACACUACAAUGCACCGCACCGGUUGCUACUUACCGGAACACCGCUACAGAACAAGCUGCCAGAGUUGUGGGCGCUGCUAAACUUUUUGCUACCCUCCAUCUUUAAAUCCUGCUCUACGUUCGAGCAGUGGUUUAAUGCUCCGUUUGCAACUACGGGCGAAAAGGUGGAACUGAACGAGGAAGAAACGAUCCUUAUCAUUCGCCGUCUGCAUAAGGUGUUGCGUCCGUUCCUGUUGCGCCGCUUGAAGAAGGAGGUCGAAUCGCAACUUCCGGACAAGGUGGAGUACAUCAUCAAAUGCGACAUGUCCGGAUUGCAGCGUGUACUGUACAAGCACAUGCAGAGCAAGGGUGUGCUGCUGACCGAUGGAUCGGAGAAGGGCAACAAGGGCAAGGGUGGUGCGAAGGCACUGAUGAACACGAUCGUCCAGCUGCGCAAACUCUGCAACCAUCCGUUCAUGUUCCAGCAUAUAGAGGAAAAGUAUUGCGAUCACAUUGGUGUGCAAGGCACAGUGACCGGGCCGGAUCUGUACCGUGCGUCGGGUAAAUUUGAACUGCUCGAUCGUAUUCUACCCAAGCUGAAAGCUACCGGCCAUCGUGUGCUGCUCUUCUGUCAGAUGACCCAAUGCAUGACAAUUAUCGAGGAUUACUUGUCGUGGCGUGGUUUCGGAUACUUGCGGCUGGACGGUACCACCAAAUCGGAGGAGCGUGGUGAUUUGCUGAAAAAAUUCAAUUCGAAAAAUUCCGACUAUUUCCUGUUCCUGCUUUCGACACGUGCCGGUGGGUUAGGAUUAAAUCUGCAAACCGCCGAUACGGUCGUCAUUUUCGAUUCCGACUGGAAUCCGCAUCAAGAUUUGCAAGCCCAGGAUCGUGCGCAUCGUAUCGGACAACGGAAUGAGGUGCGCGUGUUGCGACUCAUGACGGUAAAUUCGGUGGAGGAGCGUAUCCUCGCAGCCGCGCGCUACAAACUCAACAUGGACGAAAAAGUCAUUCAGGCCGGUAUGUUCGAUCAAAAGUCAACUGGCAGCGAACGGCAACAAUUCCUGCAAAGUAUCCUACACCAGGACGAGAUGGACGAAGAGGAGGAAAACGAGGUGCCGGACGAUGAGAUGAUCAAUCUGAUGAUUUCACGUACCGAUGAUGAGCUGGAACUGUUCAAAAAGAUGGAUGCGGAGCGGAAAGCAGAAGAGGUGAAGCCUCGGCUGCUGGAUGAAGGCGAACUACCUGACUGGCUGGUAAAGGACGACGAGGAGGUAGAUCGUUGGGAUUACGAGGAAGAGACAUCAAUUCUCGGGCGUGGCUCGCGUCAGCGCAAGGAAGUUGAUUACACCGACAGUCUGACGGAGAAGGAAUGGCUUAAGGCGAUCGACGAUGGAGCCGAUUUUGACGAGGAGCUCGAGGAAGAAGAACGGGAAAAGAAACGCAAAGGCCGGAAGCGAAAGGGCAGAGGUAGGGGAGAUGAUUCGGAUGACGAGAGUAUCGUUUCGACGAUGACAAAGCGCAAGAAGGGCAUCACCGAUCCGAAGAUACGGAAGCAGAUGAAGAAGGUGCUGAAGGCGGUAAUCAAGUACACCGAUGCGGAUGGACGCGUGCUAAGCAAACCGUUCCUGAAGCUACCGUCCCGGCGUGAUCUGCCCGACUAUUAUGAGGUGAUCAAGAAACCGAUCGAUAUCAAAAAAAUACUAGCCCGCAUUGAGGAAGCAAAGUAUGUCGAUUUCGCCGACUUGGAGAACGAUUUCUUCCUGCUGUGUCAAAAUGCGCAGACCUACAACGAGGAGGCGUCCCUGAUCUACGAGGACAGUCUUGAGCUGCAGUCGGUGUUUAGCAACGCGAAGGCAAAGAUCCUGGAUGCCCACGAGGAAGAGGAAUCCAACGAAGAGGAGGAAGAGGAAUCGGACGAGGAAGGUGGCAGCGUGAAGAUGAAGCUUAAAAUAUCGAAAGGGUCCACCUCGUCUAGCUCAUCGGCGAAGAAAGCGACUCCGGUCCGGAGGAAACGUGCGCAGAAGAAAUAUACCAUCUCGGAUGAUGAUGACGACAUUGACUAAGGCGGGUACGAGAG